GAUAAGAACAAGCACACAGAGACACGGACAAGAACUGACACUGACACACAGCCAAGAAGUUAAUAGAAGCUGCCGUGGUUGAAUUUCAUUGGUGAAGAAUUUGUCAGCAGAGGCACCAUUGACGUUACUGCAAUACUUGUUCUCGGAAACUAAGUUCCUUUCAUUGUCUGUAUUUCCCAGUUGGUUUUUGAAACUUCCCAUUGCAUCAAGCCACAACUACAAGAUCAUGGGUAUUUCGAACUUAUUAAAGGUGGUCCUCCUUUUCUCUAUAAUAUAUUUCCUUUUUACAGCUUGGAAAUAUAACAAUGAUUAUGAUAUCAGCAAAAGUGGAAUUGCUGUCCACAGUGGAAAUGUCAACAAUAAGAGAAUGAACGAUCAUUUGCCUCUGAAACUUCAUAAUGCCAACCUUCAGGGUGAAAAUAUUCAGUUGAAGAUAAACAAUAAAAAAACUGAAGAUGAUGGAUCAAGACCCUACAGUACACUUGAGAUUGUCGGAAUCAUUCUUGUCACACUCUUCCUCGCUUCAAUCCUUUUUGGAUUCCUUUUCUUCGGCUACAAAUAUUUCAGGAACUACCCAUCAGUAUAAGAAUGCUACAAUUUGUGUUUUUUUAUAUAUAUUUUUAAGUAAUUCUAUUUAUCUGAAUAAGACUUUCACUGACUGCAUUGGUAUGGUUGGAUUUUAAAGAAUUUAUAUCCAUAUUUUUUAUAUAUCAUCACCAUUGUCUUUCAUUUAGCAGUGUCUUUUCAAAAUUCUGCUACAUCUUUUGGCUAAAAUGACUGAGAAUUAGAAAAAAUUUAAAACUAUUGACUGUCUGUUUAUCAAUUUAUGAAAACAACUAAUAACCUUUUUUAACUUUUUGGAAUUAAAAAAAAUUUCAGUACAUUUUCAGUAAAAUAUUCAAAAAUAUAGUUUUUUAAUUUUAUAUUUCAGCUUAUGUAGAGAAACUAAGUUCCUUUUCUUGCUUGUAUUUCCCAGUUGGUUUGGUUAAACUAAAGUGUUUGACCCGGUCAUAAAAAAAGAAUAGUGUAAUAGGUGUAAGUAGUACCCAAGACUUUUUGGUUAAACUAAAGCGUUUGACUCGGUCAUAAAAAAAAAAAUAGUGUAAUAGGUGUAAGUAGUACCCAAGACUUUUUACUUCAAGUUUCAAAGGAAACAUUGCUGGCCUAAUUUUGUUAUAUUUAUAUUCCGCAGCAUAACUACAUAAAAACAGAACAGGCACACACACACACACAUAGACAAGAUCUUUAAUUAUGUAUAGAUAAGUAACAGUCCCACUGCGUGGUGGCAUCUUGGGCAAGUGUUUCUACUAUAGCCUCGGGCCAACCAAAGCCUUGAGAGUGGAUUUGGUGGAUGGAAACUGAAAGAAGCUCUUGUGUGUGUUUGUCCUAC